AUGACCGUGCCGGACAUGAGCAGUCAACAUAACCUUCUCGAUGGAUCGACCGAGUCAAAUCGGUCUGCUGAUGGCCACCAAUCUCUGAUCGCCUCGGAUGAUCAGGCCUCAAACGGAGGAAAGCAAGAAUUCCUUGUCAGGGCUCGAGAAUCGUCAGAAACAUCUCGCAAAAAAGGACUCGUCCAGUUGUCUGGUAACCCGGGAUGGAAGCCGCUCACAUUGAAGACUCCCGUAUUACUUGGUGUCAUAUUGAUUUCUGUUGGUCUCAUAGGCGCUAUACAAUAUCUGGUGUUACGCAGUGAGAAGAACAAUGGUAUACUGUUCUCAGAGGAUGUCAGCAGCCUUCCCCUUAGCCGCUCCUUUGGACACCUGUAUCUCCCAACCUUGAUCGCUGUGGUCUACAGCUUUCUCUGGACAUGGAUAGAUCUGGACGUAAAGCGAUUGGAACCCUAUUACCAACUAUCACAAGAUGGUGGUGCUUCCGGGAGCAAUUCGAUCCUACUCCAUUAUCCAUUCGACUUUGUUGCUUCAGUACCUGUACAAGCUAUCAGGCGCCGCCAUUGGCCGGUAUUCUCAGCUUCGGCAGCCAUGGUUCUUGUAUUCUGGGGCGUCACUCCGUUCCAGGCAGGUAUCUUCGCGACGGAUCCGGUCACCCGCAGCUUUCCGGUGCCGAUGUCUAGAGCGACCAGGCAUCUCACCUUGGAACAGCAGGAGACGGCUCUAACAUCUACUUAUGUGCAGUCAGCUUUCAACAUUGCUUGGCUCAACGAGACAUUGCCUCCAUACAUGAGCCGUGAUUAUGUACUCGAGCCGUUUGGUCCGUUAGAAGCCAAUCGCAUAGAGAACUCCGAGUCCUGGACAGCGGUCACCCGUCUGUACUCUGUGGAUGUCGCUUGCGAGCGAGCUGAGGAGACCGAGGGCUUUUACAUCACGGGCCGAGGGUGCGAGUUUUUCAAAGCCGAUCCACCUCGUGGUGAAGGAGCGAAUUCCACCCUUGCCAACGAGUGGUCGACCCUCUACGUUGGCUAUCAUAACGAUAACGGUUUUGCGGAUUAUUACCUUUCGCAAGAUUGUCCACUCAGCAUGUCGCAUGUAUUCCUUGUCAGAUGGGUCCAUCGAGAUUGGAAUAGUUCAACAACAGAGGGCGUUGGCGAGACUGCUCUAUGGUGUGAGCCGACGUACUAUCAACAGGAGGUGAAUGCAACAGUCUCCCCUCCACUGAAAUCCGUUCAAGAGAUCACCCCGCUUGGGCCAAAGCUGCCUGUCCCGGAAGCCAUUUUCAAUGCCACGGAGUUUGAAUGGGCGAUGUCUUCCCAGCAACAGAGGCGCCAGAAUCGGGGAGAAUUUCCGACCUCCGCUUGGCCUGAGGCCAGGUCACGUCUCCAAGAUAUGGGUGUCGACCUUACCUAUGUUCCAAAUAUGGCUUCCUUCGCUGUAGCGGCGGAGAAACGGCCGGCAGCUGACUACCUGGAUCCUGAGGUGCUGAGGAGUUCCUACCAAGCAGCAUACAGAUUGCUAUUUAGUCGACAGAUGGUCGAAGUUUUAGGAAAAGAGUUUGAUCCUGCGACCAUGAGCUGGGGCAAGCGCACAUAUCAGAUGGAAGCUGUACACGUGGUGCCGGCUUUUGCGUACGUUGUUGAGGGGCUACUAGCUGCUGUGGCCUUCUUUGCUGGAUUGCUGCUCUUUCUCUCCAUCACCAAACCGAGAAAGCUGAACUCCAAUCCUGGGAAUGUCGCCUCUCUCAUGUCCUUGGUGGCUGAUAGUAAACCUCUGCUGGAGGAAUUCAGGAGUCUUGACAAGAAAUCGGCCAAGGAGCUGGAGCAAGAACUGCGCGAUAACACAUACAGUCUUUCUGUCAGUGGAGAGCAAGACGGCGCUUUUCGUUUGAAAAGGGAGGACCAUUCACGUUCAAUCACUCAACCAGCCUCUGCACUACAGCCGCGUAGCACCGAACAAGGAGUCCGUCCGACUGAAUUUCGCAUACUAUCAGGGCUGGUUUUCAUUGCUCUGCAGCUGGCGUUGCUGAUAUCUUUCGCUGUAAUCUACGUCAAGAUUCUCCGGUUGAAUGGGCUCCCGCUGCCGUCUAAGAAUCGCUUCGUCCGGCAACUGGUCGAAAACUACAUCCCCACCGCAAUCGCUACUUUCAUAGAACCUAUAUGGGUUGUCCUCAAUCGGUUGUUAUGCGUCCUUCAACCGUUCGAAGAGCUUCGAAAGGGUAAAUCACGUGCCACCAAAGCCAUCACUAUCGACUAUACAUCUCUUCCGCCUCAACUAGUCUUUUGGAGGGCGUUCAAGUCCCGUCACUUUGUUCUGGGUUCUGUUUGUUGCAUGGCGCUACUGGCAAAUCUAUUGGCUGUUGCUUUUAGUGGUCUUUUUAACGAGGACACAGUUAGUGUCCCAUAUGCUGCCACCUUUUCGGUCCCUUUUGCACCGAUAAUGGAUAGCAGGAUGCUCAACAGGACUAAUACGAACAACAACCGGACCUUCACUGACCAAUUCAAUGUAGCAAUGUCUAAUCUGACAGCUGACACUCCAAUGCCGGUAUGGACGGACGAUCACCGCUUCUAUCUACCGUUCAAUUACACGACAGAGACCGAGGGCGCCUGGCAGCACCAAGUUACUACCCGCACUUAUGGUCUCAGCCUGGAGUGUGAACCUCUGGUGUCCAUCGGUGAAAAUUCCAUCAGCAUGAGCUUGAGCGCGAAUGCUCUCCGUGCUUCCUUCAACGUCAGCAUCGCCAGCAGAGAUCCGCUACGAGAACCGUGCAAUGUAAACAACCUAACUAUGGGAUUUCAGGGUGUGGCUAACGGUCUGGCUGCACUGGAAAUCACUGACUUUUUGUGUCCCGAGUACAUCAUAACCGGCUGGCUACGGGCGAACGCCACCCGAGUGGAAGGACGCACCAACAUCGGCGACGAUAUAUCCAAUGUAACAUUCCAUUCACUGGAUUACACCUUCCUAGGCUGCCAACCUCGUGUCAAUACCGGCCUCCGCCAAGUCACUGUCGACAACAUGGGUUUUGUCCAGCAAGCUUCGCAGUCGGAAAUUCCGGAAGACAUUGAGGCAUUCAACGCGCGGGAAAAAUCUGACCUUGCUCAACAGAUCAAUGGGGUGUUGAUUUUCGGCUCGAACGUAAAGGUUGACUUCAGGAGGACCUGGCACAACGACACAGCCGCAUCCGAUUUCUACAACUAUCUUAUCUCAAAGACGGUCAACAGCACCCAUUUCCUGGAUCCCACGAACCCUCUGCCUACAGCCGACGAGAUGGCACCGCUGUUCGAGAUCCUCUACUCCAAACUCGCCGCAAUUAUCCUCGGCACCAACAAGGGCCUGCUCUUCCCACCGGCGGCCAACACCACAGUUUCUGGUUUCACCGUCAAACUCGAGACCCGCAUAUUUAUGUCACUCCCGAUGUUUAUUAUCGCAGAGACAAUUCUAGCGCUGUACAUCAUCACCAGUAUCUGCGUCUAUGUAGGCCGCCCGUGGCGAUUCUUGCCGCGGCUACCGACCACUAUAGCGUCUUGCAUCGCUUUCUUCGCCGCCAGCCACGCUUUGGUCGAUAUGGAAGGGACAGCGCCGAUGUCGGUGAAGGAGCGGAACGCGUAUGUAGAGAGGAUGGAUCACCGGUAUGGAUUUGGGCCGUUUGUGGGGACGGAUGGGAGGGCGCAUACGGGGAUUGAGAGACAGCCUUUCUUCGCCCAACUGAUAAGAGGUGGAACUGGAAUCACGCAAACGACCACGGCUGGGAGCAGUGAGAAAGGAAGAAAGUCAGGACAUUGGUAUAGCCUCGCUGGCUGGAAGGAAUACAAGUACGGAAAAGUGGAGGGACGAGGAAUUAUCUGA